UCCGGGCAAAAUGGCGGCUCUGAGGGCAAUACUGCGACUCCGGGGGCCGGGAGGAUGGAGCAGGGGGAGAACGGCUGUCCGUUUUCGCAGCGAGUUCACGUCACUGGAGGAGAAGCCGCAGUUCCCAGGAGCCUCUGCAGAGUUUGUGGAGUCGUUGGAAUUCAUCCAGCCCAAUGUAAUUUCUGGGAUCCCCAUCUAUCGGGUGAUGGACCGACAGGGCCAAAUCCUCAACCCGCAAGAAGACCCACAUAUCCCUAAAGAGAAGGUUCUUAAGUUUUACCACACAAUGACUCUACUGAAUACCAUGGACAGGAUCCUGUACGAGUCUCAGAGACAGGGAAGAAUAUCUUUCUAUAUGACAAACUAUGGUGAGGAAGGGACCCAUGUGGGCAGCGCUGCUGCAAUGAAUGAUACCGAUAUUGUUUUUGGACAAUACAGAGAAGCUGGAGUAUUGAUGUACCGUGGUUAUCCCUUGAACCUCUUCAUGUCUCAGUGUUACGGCAAUGCUAACGAUCCAGGGAAAGGGCGGCAAAUGCCCGUACAUUAUGGCUGCAAAGAUCUGCAUUUUGUAACAAUCUCCUCGCCGCUGGCGACACAGAUUCCUCAAGCUGUGGGUGCGGCUUACACACUGAAACGUGAGAAUGCUGACCGCGCUGUCAUCUGCUAUUUCGGAGAGGGAGCCGCUAGCGAGGGAGACGCCCACGCAGCUUUCAACUUCUCCGCCACCCUCGAAUGUCCCAUAAUCUUCUUCUGCAGAAACAACGGCUAUGCGAUAUCGACCCCGACAUCCGAACAGUACCGCGGCGAUGGUAUUGCUGCACGUGGUCCUGGCUACGGUAUCAUGUCUAUUCGAGUGGACGGUAAUGAUGUCUUUGCCGUGUACAAUGCCACAAAAGAGGCAAGACGUCGGGCAGUGGCAGAGAAUCAGCCUUUCUUGAUCGAAGCUAUGACUUACAGGAUCGGGCACCAUAGCACCAGUGAUGACAGCUCUGCUUAUCGCUCGGUAGAUGAGGUUAAUUAUUGGGACAAACAGGACCAUCCGAUCUCACGGCUCCGUCACUACAUGUUACACAAAGGCUGGUGGGACGAGGAGCAGGAGAAAAUAUGGAGGAAGAAGUCACGGAAGAUGGUAAUGGAAGCAUUUGAAGAGGCAGAACGCGCAAAAAAACCGAAGCUAGAGCACAUGUUUACCGAUGUGUAUUCAGAGAUGCCACCACAGCUGAAAAAACAGCAAGACUCUCUAAUGAAACAUCUGAAGGUUUACGGGGAACAUUACCCCCUGGACAACUACGAAAAGUAAUCAUUUUAUUGUGAGAGCAGAGACAGUCCAACACUACAUAUACCCGGAUAAUCUGUUACAGUGUCUGACCGAGAUGCCUCCAUUUUCUUUUCAAAGGAAGAAUCAUUUUUGGAUUGUAAAUACGAGUUAGGGAGAUGUGCUUUCUGGUUUUAGAAAUAGCUUAACACCAUGGUGACAAUUGACUUUGUGUGAUUUCAGAGGCAGAUUGCCAAGAAAGGCAGAGCAGACUCGGUGACAUAGUUUAUUUGGGACAAAGAAAACGAUAUUAUGGAUUCCAAUCAAUGUAUCUUAGUUUGGUGGAGGAACAUUAAAGAGAUUUCACUGAAUUUUCGUUUUCUUUUUAAAUAAAGGACCCUUAAUUCUA